GGAAGACGAGAGAAGCGGACUGAUUUCCUCUACUAUGGAUGGGAAUAUCUACGAUCAGUUUGGGGAGGCCAUUGAGAGAAGGCUUGGAGGAGUGAGGGCUGAAGCCCAACGAAGAGCGGCAGCUGGGCCGCCACCCCCUGCCAUGUUCAGGCUAUGGCAGGAAAAGGAGGAACCACCGUUUGGGGUGGAAGAAGUGGGAAGCGAUGAGGAAGUGACUCAAGGGCUACGAGGAGGAAGUGAGACGGAAGAGCCCAUAAUCAUCGAGUCAGAUGACGAGGAUGAGGAGAAAAGAACGGAGCCUCCGUCCGUCUUAUUUGAGAAGAUGGAGGACGUGCUGGAUAAGAUGGGGAGGUGCCAACAGAAGUUGGUAGGCCUCUGUGAAGAAGUGAAAGGAUGGAGGUCUAACAUCCCCACAGUAUUCCUCUAUGACUCCGGCCCGGAGUCAGCGCCUGGGCGACCCAGAGUAAAUGUGGUGGGGUCGUGCCCACAAUCAGGAAUGAGGGGGAGACCCCUCACUCCGCAGGCCCGGCUGGCACAGGCAGCGCGAACGAGGAAUCAAGCCAAGGCCAGUACCAGCCAAGAACCUCCAAGGAGGGAACACGAACCAGGGAGAAGGAAAGAGGUUGUGGAAGUAGAGGACGACGAUGAUGAAGAGGAAGAGGACGAGAGGUUGCGCAGAGAAGAGGAUCAGAGAGUGGAGCAGCGGGCAAGGAAAAAGGGAACCAGGGGAGAGGCCGAACCGGUCAUACAUGACGGACCGCCCAAAAAGAAGAAAUACGUGGUCCGGUUGGAAGAGGGAUUUGACGUAGAGAAGAUGAUUGACCGGCUGCUGGAAGGGCAUAAUGACCUCAUGACCCCGCGACUCCACGAUGAACUGAAGGGGAGGUUAUCACGGCGCCUGGUGCCCAAUGUCCAUCUGGGUACGAUCCUGCCCAAGGAGGCAGAGUGGGCAGAGUCAGGUACGAAGAUGGACUGGAAGUGCGUAGCCUGCGAUAUGGUGGAUUUGAUGGUGAAGGGUUCCAAGUGCGCAGCAAUGGUGGACACCGGGGCAGAGAUGAACAUUAUUCGGGAGGCGGACGCGAUCAGAUUCGGGCUGGAUAUAGACCAUUCUGACUGCGGUAUUCUGCAUGGAGCCAGCUGUAAGGCCAUGUUUUGCGGGAUAACCUCGAAUGUGCUCGUCGAGGUUGGAAAGGAAGGCCUCGAUCAGUCAGGCUCGUUGAACUCGACAGGAAAUGUGGACGAAGUGCCCGAGAGCCAGGACGACGAGUUCGAGGAAGGAGAGAUUAAGGAGGCUUUUCGUGCAGAGGAGUACGACGGGAUCUACCUAGAACUGGGGCUUCUUCUGUCAUGUGAAAUGCGGCUAAGGGAUGCAAGCGGUAAGGAUCAGAGGAUGCUGCAGCGCUACUUAGUGCGAGACGGUCACCUUUUUGUGAGAAGAGAAGUGGGGAAUCCCAGGAGGGUCGUCUGCGGUAGGAAUCGUCAGAUCGACGUCGUAGCAGCACUACACGAUGGCAUUGCAGGAGGGCAUCGAGGGGUACAAGCCACGUAUGCCAAGAUAAGUGAGUUGUAUUACUGGGAUGGAAUGAUGGACAUGGUCGGGAAAUUAUGUCGAUCCUGCGUGCCCUGCCAGGAGAGAUCCCGUUUAAGGCAGGGAGAGCCGCUGCGUCCAAGGUUAGAGCGAGAGGUAGGGGCCGUAGUGCAUCUCGAUCUGCUUUUUAUGCCGCUUGGGGAUCAGGGCUAUAACUAUAUCUUCGAUGCGCGCGAUAACCUGUCUGGGUUCGUAGACGGGCGUGCUAUUCGCACCAAGACCGGGCUUAGUCUUAGUGAGCUGCAUCGAGGAAUAUUACCUGCGUUACAGGAGAUCGGAGUUUACCUGCCAGGAGGUGCAAGAAUUGUUAUCAAGAUAGGAGCAAUAGAAGAAAGGAUCCAGGAGGCGUCUGACCAGGUGACGAGAAGUCGUAUGGACGAUAAGGCUCGAUGGGAUCAAUCUGCGCGGGUGAUGAAGGUACCCUUGGCAGUUGGAGAUGUCGUGAUUCUCUACGAUUCAUCACUGGAGAAGCAAUGGUCCAGGAAACUCGAUAAGAGGUGGUUAGGUCCCUACCGGAUCGUACGGGUCGGAGACUUCGGAGCGUAUCAGAUAGAGGAGCUAAAUGGGACUGAGUGGAAGGAUUGGGUAUCUGGAACGCGUCUGAAGAAAUUCGUGGCGAGAGAAGAGGAUGAGAAGCAUGAAGAGCAAGUAGAAGGGGUGCCACGAGAGGAGGUACCACAAGAGGAGGUGCCACGAGAGGAGGUGCCACGUGAGGAGGUACCACGAGAGGAGGUGCCACGAGAGGAGGCGCAGGGUACUCAUCAAGAGAGCAGGCUAGGCGACAUGGGGAGACGUGCAAGGAAGGAAGUGAUAGAGGUUGGAGAGGGCACACCCCCACAGGCGCCAGCAAUGGGUUUGAGACUCGGGGAUUCUCAAGGGAGCGCUCAGCCUCGCCAGGAGCCACCUAUGGGGAGAGCUAUCCUGGAGCCAGAGGAGGCGAGAGCCCGGAGACAGGCAGAGAGAGAGGCGUUCGAGUUUAGAGUCCCUACUGAGCUCGCGACGCUGCCAGUGGCGGCGGCAGGCCCAGUCGUACCUUUGGCAGUAGAGGAGGGGCUGCCACCAUCUAGCAGUGAGCCGGCUCAGGGCUCGGCAGAGGGAUCCAUGAGCGUGCUCCUUGAGGUGGUGCAUACUAUGCAGGAGGAGGUGAGUUUGUUUUCACCUGAGCAGAGGAUAGAGGAGCCUCUUGAGAGAGAGAUAGGGAUUGAGGUGGAGAGUGUCAUCGAGAGCAAGCUCCAGAGAAUGGGCACACCUGAGUAUGGACCAGAGGAGAUUGAGGAGCAGCCCAUGGCAGUGCCAGGAGAGACACUCGAGAGGAGGCCUCAGAGGUUGGACACGCCUGAGUACGUCCCAACGACAGGGGAUUUGAGGAGCAGGCUGGGAUCUUGGGCUACUGGAUCUGGGUCUGGGGGACCAAUUCCUGGGGCAGAGCAACAGGAGGUCGUUAGUACCGCAGCUCCUCGAUCAGAGCAGCAGGGGGUUGUCAGUACCUUGGAGGAGGAAGACGAGGAGGAGGGAGAUGAGGAGGAGGGAGUCAAGGAGGAGGAGGAAGAGGAGGAGGAGGAGGAAGAUGAGGAGGAGGAAGACGAGGAGGAGGAAGUCGAGAAGGAGGAGGAAAAAGAGGACAAUGUCGCCGUGGCGAUGGAGGAGGAGCAGGAGGAGGAGGACGAGGAGGGUGGCGAAGUCGUCGAAGAGGUGGACGGAAAGGCAAGGGUGAAGAUGAGGGUAGAGGGCAGAGGAGGAUGAGGACAGUGGCGAAGUCGUAGAACAGGGCUGCCGUCUUUAUUUCUAAUGUUUCUUUUAAAUCAAUCAAUCAAUCAAUUAAUCAAUGAAUC